UUUAAGCUAGAGAAUAUAUGAUAGACCCUUGGUACUAAAUUUAUCAAUGGUUAUACAAUCUUAUAUGAAUAUUUGCAUUAUUCUCACAUUAAACUUCCAUGCAAGCUCAGGGAAAAUCCUUCUGAGCUAGAACUGAGCUCUCUACUUCCAGAGAUUUAGUCCUUGAUUUCUUCCCAUAGUUUUAGAUUUUAUUUCUGUGGCUUUAAGCUUAAUGUCUUUUUCAUUUGGUUUUGACCUUCAGGAGAUGGCCUCUUCUAAGUCUUUGAUGAACCUUCUAACCUUCACUUUUGGAUCAGCAAUAGGAUUUUUUGUAUGCUAUCUUCUGUUUAGCAUUAUACUGGAAGAGGAGGUUAAGAUCCAGCCUCAUAUUCUUCACAAUGAUCCACAUGGUCAACACUCAUCAGAUACUGAUAACAAUCAGCUGCAAGGACAAAUGAAUUUCAAUGCAGACUCUGGACAGCAUAAAGAUGAGAAUAAAAAUAUUGCAGAGGGACUGUAUCAGAAGGUGAAAAUACUGUGUUGGGUCAUGACUGGACCUCAAAAUCUAGAAAAGAAAGCCAAGCAUGUUAAGGCCACUUGGGCCCAACGUUGUAAUAAAAUACUUUUUAUGAGCUCUGAGGAAAAUAAAGACUUCCCAACUGUGGGCCUAGAAACCAAAGAAGGCAGGGACCAACUGUACUGGAAGACUAUUAAAGCUUUUCAAUAUGUAUAUGACCAUUAUUUUGAUGAUGCUGAUUGGUUUAUGAAAGCAGAUGAUGAUACAUAUGUUAUAUUGGACAAUUUGAGAUGGCUUCUUUCAAAAUACAAUCCUGAACAACCAAUAUAUUUUGGAAGAAGGUUUAAGCCUUAUGUGAAACAGGGCUACAUGAGUGGAGGAGCAGGAUAUGUUCUGAGCAAAGAAGCUCUGAAGAGAUUCGUUGCUGCAUUUAAAAUGAACAAAUGCUCUCACAGUUCCUCUAUUGAAGACCUAGCACUAGGAAAAUGCAUGGAGAUCAUUAAUGUGGAAGCAGGAGAUUCUAGGGACACAAGUGGUAGAGAAACCUUUCAUCCCUUCGUUCCAGAACAUCACUUAAUCAGAGGAUACCUACCAAAAACAUUCUGGUACUGGAAUUAUAAUUAUUAUCCUGCUGUAGAGGGUCCUGGAUGCUGCUCCGAUCUAGCAGUUUCAUUCCACUACGUUGAUUCCGUGACUAUGUAUCAUUUGGAAUAUUUGAUUUAUCAUCUCCGUCCUUAUGGGUAUUUGUAUCGGUACAAUCCUGAUUUGGCAAAGAAUCCAGAAGAGCAGAGCAAAAAUGAAGCACUGGAGGAUAAUCAAAAGCUAAAGCAAAAAAUUUCUGAGAAUUAAUUGGACUUUGAAGAAAACAAAAGAAGUCAGUACAAUGAAUAAGAGUCUCCUCAAACUCCUGCAUGAAGCUUGUGGACUAGAAUUACUCUUGGCGAUUCUUAUUUCAAAAAUCACGUUGGCGGUACUUUCUGUCACUGUCUGUGUACAAUAGAGUCCAGCGCUGGCUGUGACUGUUUGGGAUAGUGUGACCUUGCAGCCCUGCUCAUGAAGAUUGAAGGCCCUAAAGCUGUGAAAUAGGAGGUUGUUCUGGUACACUAAUAUCUGGAAGAAUUCAUAUAGAAACCAUAAUGGAUGAGUUCAAAGAUAAUCAUACAGUAUUUCUGUUCCCUUUUCUGUUCUACUCUGUUUCCUUCUAGAUGUUCUGUUAGGUCAGUUCUGAUAUUAGAAAUUGGAUGUCGCACAGUCUAAUGCUUCAUGAUGGCUUUCUCUAGUAUUCUCAGUAUCUCGAAGUUACUUCGUGUACCUUGCCCUAUAAGGAAGAGGCAUGAAAAUAGAAUCUCAAGUCUGCUUUGCCUUAGUGACAGACUGGUUGUUAUGAAUAGGCAGAGAUCCACUCAAAAGAUUCAUCUGAAUGGUUUCAGAAAUGAAAUUGACUGCUAUGAAUUAUUUUUAAAAGUUUUUAGUCUCUGUUGCACACAACAAUAUGAUGUUGGAUCACUACUGUUUUGCGGAGAAACCCAGAAAUAGUUACUUAGUUAAUAGUUUAAAUAGUUUAAAUUGCUGAGGUGAUGCGAGCUGCUUACGUAUUUGCCUGUGGCUUUUUUUUCCUAUAACUUGCCUUAUUGGUUGAAUUGAUAGAAAAAUUAAUCUCAGAAUUUCUAAGCAUAAGAUAAGGUAGAUGCUUUUUGAAAUAAAGUCUCUCUCAUCACACCUUCCAUGUAAACAAAAAAAGAAUAGUAUCUUAGAAAAGUUACAGUGGCAUUAUAAUAACUUGGUUUCAGCCAGUAUUAUAAUGAGUUUGUUUCCAUUUCAGUUUGACAUCACUACUCUUAGACUGUGGAGUUACCUUAUUCAUUAGAAUCUUACCAGAUACAAACAAGUCCUAUUUUAAAACUGCAGCAAAGCUGAUUUGACUGUUUCCCUACCCAUCUAGUUUAUUUGGCUGAAGUACUUAAUUUCACUUUUCUGAAUGGUUUCCUUUUUCCUCUGCUUUUAAAAAUUUCUUCUGUAUAUGAUUCUUGUUACCUUUCUCAGAACAGUGUUAAAUGAUCCUUACUUUACUCUUUUUGAAGCUGAAGUAUGUAGUUAUUCAGGUGAGCCAGCAUAAUGCAGGAAUCUUUCAAAGUGCAUUAACUUUCUCCACUACUUUGAGUAUCUCUGCCUCUUAACUGCAAACGCUUUCUCGGUGUGAGACAAAACAGGUGUUUUAAUUACUGAAAAAUUUUCAAAGGCCAAGCCUAUGUUUUAUAUAGUUAGUGUAAAACUUUCUGGUUUUCUCGUUUUCAAACUGAGUGAACAGUAGUAUGGGGGAUGGGAUUAAGCGUCACAUGUAGUGUGUCUUUAUUCCACGCUUGAACAAAAGUUUCUUCAUCUUUAUCACUUUUCACCUUCAUCAUAUUGAUGAAUUUGGACACAACGUAAUUACCUCCAGUCAUUGUUCUGGAAAGGGCACAUACUGGUAGCAGACAGCCUUAUUUACUACUGCUGUCCUUCAGGAUGUUCCUGGAAGAGGAUGUUACCAUAAAGUACUGGAUCUUAUUUUAUUUUUUUUUCCAAAGAUAGUUCUUGUACAGAUCAGGGUUCUUCUGUUGUGCAACAGUAAAGAAUCAUGACUUCCUUUCUUGCCAUUGCUCUGCAGCAAGAUGGCAAUUACAGAAAUAUCUCAUGGAAUUGAAAUAUUAGAUACAUCUUCCCUUUCUGAAUAUAGGUUGGGUUCAUAUAUCAAGUAUUAGUUAAAUGAGUAGUUCCUGCAGGGUUAAAUCUGUUGGUCUUUUAUGAACAAGACUGCCUCUGAAGUACUGAAAGGGACAGAAGCUUUAUUUAUGUUAAUUGACGGAAGCAGAAAAUUAUAACUUCAUUUUUUUAAAAAAGGAAAAAGUCUCCAGUUUGCUCUAGUCAGAGGGAUGCUUGUCUAGAGGAGAAUGGAUGAGAGGUGCUUCCUUCUGUGAUCUAAACGUUUAUCCCAUGUGCAGCACAACCCAGUAAUAUUGUGAAAUCCAUGUGGUAUUGAUAACUCCAGUGGCAUUGUUCAAACAUGCAAUUAAAAUUUUUUUGAAUACUUCAGUUGUGAAAUGAAAUCAAGAUCCCAAGUUAAUCUCUUCGUAAAUUCAGUCAGUAUAGAAGAUGUACUGAACUCCUGUACUGUUCCAGUAUUACUGCUUUCUUCCUCAUUUCAUCUGUGGGAAUUUAAAGAUUUUUGUACCACAACAGGCAGAACUAAUCUUGCAUAUUCUCUGCAGAUUUGUGUCCUAUGUUUUCCCUGUGCUGCACUGUGAACUAACAUUUCUUCCUCAUAUUCCUUACUGUCCUGACUGUCUUGUCUUUGAGUUUUCAGUUUCAUCAUGUAUAAGUCUCAGGUGGACAGGAAGAAGUGGGUAGUGAGAUGUUUGAGCUCUGCACAGGUUGGUUGCUGAGGUGGCAAGUUCACCCAGCCACUGCUGAGCUCAUGCUGAAGCCUUUUCUCAGCAGCAGUUCUCAUUGUUGUCUGCUGCCCAUCUGGGGCUUGUGGGUUUAGCAGAGUGAGUCAGGAAUGUCCGUUUUCACAAAACGUGCAGGACCCCAGAGAAUGG